CCCAGGUCGCUUUGCUUCACCGUUGAUCCAGAGUUGCCUGGAAGAAUCACAUGGACAUGUCGAGAGGGAAAAAUCGAGACAAUGGAUUCUUAGCGGAUAGGUGACUGGUUAUUCACCGGAAUAUUCCUAAACAUUCUUUACUUUUACAGUCUUCAAGUUCAGAUCUCGUUAACAAAAGGUUUACCUUAAUUUCCACACCUUCGAACAAGAGUACGAUUCAUAGAUUCAUAAAAGCGCAUUGUCAGGAUUCCGGAUCGAUUAACCGGCAAGAUAAAUGACACGAGCAACUUGGAAAUAUAUCUUUAUUCUCGUGACAAUAUGGCUGCUUAUUGUAGGUUACAUGGGCUGGCAGCUCUUGUCCGUAGUAGAGGACUCAAAUCGAAACGUGGCAGUGGUGUUACAGAAAGAAAGACAGUUAGACUUAAUGAAGAGCCAAAACGAGGCUCUAAGAAAGAAAUUAGCCGAGGUUGAAGGCCUCAAGGAUAAACUGGAGGUCGAAAUUGCGGAGAUUAAAAAGAAGAAUGUGGAAUUGGAGCGUAAACUGAAGUCUGUUAGUGUCUCAUCAUCAUCAGCCGCCGUGAAACGCGACGAAGGGUCGAAGGAGAGUCCGGCGAUCUCUAAUGAAUUUAGGCCACCUAGCAGGGAAUUUUUAAUCACAAGGAGAAGGGCAGAGAAAACAUUGAAAGAAUUAUGGUAUUUUGUAAGUUCAGAAAUAACCAAGGUAAACAAGAUCGCUAGCGAUAAAGUGCAAUCGAAACUUCGCCAAAUUAUGGGAACGGUGGAAGACAUGCACCACUUGCUAUCACACAACUUUGAAAACUUGAAGACGAUGGAUGGCCAACAAGAUUGGGCUGAAAAAGAACAUAAGUUCCUUAGCGAUCUUGUUCAAAGAAGGCUUCGUUACUUGCAGCACCCAAAAGAUUGCAAUACGGCAAAGAAGCUCGUAUGUCAGCUAAACAAAGGCUGUGGCUACGGUUGCCAGGUACAUCAUCUAAUGUACUGCUUCAUUGUUGCUUAUGGCCUUGAAAGAACUCUGAUAGUUGACUCUAGUGGCUGGAGAUAUUCAUCCAAUGGUUGGACAGGCAUUUUUAAGCCAGUUAGUGAAACCUGUAUAAGCCAUCAGGGGCAUGUAGCCGGAUGGAGUGGGGAUGCCUCUAAAAAUGAACAGAAUGUUUUAUUGCCAAUUGUAGAUAGCCUUUUCCCGAGACCUAAGUAUAUGCCUUUAGCCGUUCCAAAAGACUUAGCAAGCCGAAUAGAACAAAUUCAUGGGCAUCCAUUUGUGUGGUGGAUUGGGCAGUUUGCUAAAUAUUUAUUUCGUUAUGCACCUCAAGUUCAAGAAGAAAUUGACAAGAAAAGAUCCUUGCUUGGUUUCAAGAAACCCAUUGUUGGGUAAGAUAGUUAUUUAAACCUUUUAGUUAUUUAGAAUGAAAAACUUAUAUAUCUGUGGAUCAAAUUCACUGUAAAAAUUCCUUUUAUAUUUAAGUUGCUUAAAUGCAAAUGCAUUCAUUAUUUUCAGUAAAACAAACACUCUGUUUAUAGAGCUGUUAGAGUCCAGAAUUGAAAAUUCUGAAAGUUAUUAUCCAUUAAGAAUUAUCAAAAAGCUUCCCCGUGUUAGUUUUUACUUAUAGAUUUUUAAUCAAUGAAAGUAAAUUAAUUUUUAUUAAUUUAUGAGGAAUAUCUCAAAGGCAAUUAAGUUAAAGAAUGUUUUUCUCCCAUUUUUAUGAGUUUUAAAAUAUGACUGUCACAAAGACAUUAUUUUUGAAAGAAUUAUUGUGUUAAAGAGAGAAAAUUUGGUUAACAAUGUUAAAUGACAGAUCUCUAGUAAAAAUAUAAGUAUGUAAACAUACCCUUCAUCUGUGUCACAAGAUCUUUAAAGGCAAAGACUAGCCUGAAUUUCAUCCGAUUACUUUGAGUCGUUAUUACUCCCCAGGGAGUAAUAACGAAUCAAAGUAAUCGGAUGAAAUUCAGGCUAGGCAAAGACCUGCACUAACCUAAACUCAAUAAAAUGGAUGAUUUGGCAUCACAUGAAUACAUUUCGCAAAUUACUGAAAAUUUUGACUGCUUGCAUAUCAGAAAUAUAUUUGAACCCAGAGAACAUGGUUAAAGUAGACAGGAUUUAUUUUUUUGAUUUGGGUUGAUUCUCAAUUUCUGCUAUCUCUUAGUCCUAAUUCACAAAAUUAAUGAUAAAAAAAUCAACCAAGGUGGAAAAAAAAUUUUAACCUGAAUGUUGACUCAUACAAUUUAUGUGAGAGAAAAACACAAAUGAUAAAAUUUGGUUGAAAGGGAGCAUAAAAAUGUGAAAAUAUAGUCAAGGUGGUGGUAAAAUAAUUUAUUGUUUUUCAUAUUUACAUUUUGAGAAUGUUCAUUUUGGUUUCUUUUUUUUUCUUUUUUGCAGGGUUCAAGUGCGGCGAACAGAUAAGAUAAACACAGAAGCAGCCUUUCACAGUAUUGAGGAAUACAUGUAUUGGGUUGACUUGUACUACAAUAAGUUAGAGAGAGUGCAAACUAUUGAACAGAGACGAGUAUAUCUCGCCACUGAUGAUUCAAACCUAUUGCCUGAAGCAAAAGAGAAGUAUGUUUCUGCGGUAUUUAUGCCUUAAAAACCUAACUGCAUAAUUCCCUUGUAUGAUUAUGGGGAUGGUUAGCAUAGCCAGAAAGAAGAAUAUGAAAAAAGACCACGUGCUAAAAAUCAGCUUGUCCAUGGAAAUGUUAUGCUUCUGAUGACUCCAUACAAAUCCUUCUAAAAUAGGCCUAGAUUGUAAACAUUAUGAUCAAAGCCAGUUUUAGGAAAAAACAGUGGUGGAUCAAGGGAGGAGGCCCCUCCUUAUUUUUAGACCAAACUGGGCCCCCCUUAUUUCAGGGUCUGGAUGACCCCCCCCCCUUAUCUGAAGGUCCUGGACCUGCCACUGAAAAUCUCCCCACCAACUUGCAUUAACUGGCUGUGUUCAUUCUGAAUGUGCCAACCAAUCCCAUAAUCAAUGUGAGUAUCAGGGAUAACUUUAUUUUUUGUUUAAAUAGAGCACAAAACCCCAUGGGUACAAAAAUUUGCUAGUCUAUCAUUCCAAGAAAAUUUUGUUGUCACAUUGCUCGUGCACAGUAGAUCACUGCCAUAUGGACACCCACUCAAUAUGGACACCUCGUAAACUGAUGGAGUUAGACUGUAGAUACAGUAGUUGUUGACCACCCACCCAGUACAUGUGUUAGCCAAAGGUGCACAUUUCUUACAAGUGUGUUGUUGCCAUUUCAGGUACAAGAACUAUGAAUUUAUAAGUGACAAUGAGAUCUCCAAAUCUGCUGGGCUUAACUCACGCUACUCUGACUCAUCUCUGCAUGGUGUUGUGUUUGACAUCCAGAUGUUAGCAGAAUGUGACUUUUUGGUGUGUACAUUUUCAUCGCAGGUAAGACUUUUAAAUUCAUUUCAAACCCAGAAGUAUAUAAUAUUAAAAUUGUUUUUUGUAAAAUUUUAAAGAAAAAAACACCAUGUGACAUGCUGCCCAUGAGGUUUCAUUUGAAUGGUAACACCAUGAGAUUUCAUACACAGACUGAAAAGUGAGAACCACCUUUUACAGGAUAAUAAACAGUACCAUAGGAUCUCAUCUACUGACUCAAAACUAAGAACAUUGUUAGAACCACCUUGUACAGCGUAAUAAACAGUACCACAGUAAAGUACUGCACAGUAGCUUUCAUUUGAAUGGUUACACCGUAAGAUUUUAUUCACCGACUCAAAAGUUAGAACCACCUUGUACAGCAUAAUAAACAGUACCACAGGAAAGUAAUGCUCAGUAGCUUUCAUUCAAAUGGUCACAACAUAGGAUUUCAUCCAAAGACUCAAACGUUGGAACCACCUUGUAAUAGCUAACUGCAGAAGGAUAGCCUCUUCUCUAACAAUAGCAGCCUUAAAAAAAAACAAAAAAAAAAAUUUAAUACUGCUAAUCCUUUACAUCUGAAAUCCAUCCUGGACAAACACCAACAGCUAAAAUUCAGGGGGGUAGGAGUAGGGUAAAAACCAAGGCUGUGCUCUAGCAGCACUUGGUGGCUUGUGGCGCCUAACUUUUGCUCCCAGGCAACUAGAAAAUCUUAGUUUUUUCAUAGAAAAAAUAGCUGGGCACCCUGGAUUUCACAGAUUCAAGGCACAGGGCCCCCUGCAAUUUUUCUUAGAGCACAGCCUCAGGUUACGUUAACAUUGGCACAUGAGAUUAAAAAAAUUUUAUAUUUUAUUUUGUUUCAUUCAAACCUCAUUUUGUCUUUUUUUUAAAUACAUUUGCUAGGUUUGCCGUGUGGCCUAUGAAAUUAUGCAGUCAAUGCAUCCAGACGCAUCUAAGAAAUUUCAAUCACUUGAUGAUAUUUAUUACUUUGGUGGUCAGUCGGGUCAUGAUGUGCGAGCCAUUUACCCUCAUAAGUCACAAAGAAGCUCUGAAAUUAAUCUCUAUGUGGGAGAUCGCAUAGGAAUUGCUGGUAAUCACUGGGAUGGCUAUUCCAAGGGUGUCAACCGCAAAAGAGGUGGCGAUGGCCUCUUUCCGUCUUACAAAGUGGAAGAUGUUAUGGAGGUGGAGGAAUUUCCAACCUAUGCAGGAGCAUAGGCAAAUCUUUACUGUUGUAGUUUUUUGUAGUUAUUUUUUGUAUUUUAUUUUUUUGAAUGUUUUAUCCAGCAGUGGAUCCAGGGGACAACCCCA